AGCAGCAGAGGCGGUGGCGGCGGCGGCGGCGGCGGCGGCGGCAGCAGCAGCAGCAACAACAGCAGCAGCAGCAACAGCAGCCGCUGCCACUCCAGUCUUGGCCCCUGCCCGGCCCCAGCCCCAGCCCCCGCCCUCUUCAUACUGCCUUCCGCACACAGCUAGCUCUCUGGUGAAGCAUCUCAGUGAGCUCAGGGCUCCCUGGCUGCCGUCGCUGCUACUGCCACCGCUGCACAGUCUCCCCGUCCCCUCCCAUUAGAGGAUGGGCUGCGAGAGGCAGCAGUGCUGCCCCAAAUCCUCCUAAAGCUACAAAAACAAAAGGAGCAUCCGGGACUGGGGUGGAUGCAAACAACCAUGAACGACUGGGUCUUCCCUUUCUCGGGCUCUGUUGCUGCUGCUGCUGCUGCCACCGCCGCCGCCGCUGCCGCCGCCGCUGAGAGGACCACACUGUGAAAGGGGGAUCCAGGAGAGCAGCAGCUCUUUUGGAAUUGAAAGGUGAGAGGUAGCAAGGAAGAGGAGGGGGACGGCAGGAAAAAAAGAUGUCUUCUUCUUCUGCUUUGGGCCCCCGAGGCCCUCGCCCACCCACAGUGCCUCCCCCUAUGCAAGAGCUGCCCGACCUGAGCCACCUGACCGAAGAGGAGAGGAACAUUAUCAUGGCAGUGAUGGACCGGCAGAAGGAAGAAGAAGAGAAAGAAGAGGCCAUGCUCAAGAGAUUGCAUCAACAAUUUGAAAGCUAUAAAGAACAAGUGAGGAAAAUUGGAGAAGAAGCCCGGCGCUACCAAGGAGAGCACAAAGAUGAUGCCCCUACUUGUGGUAUUUGUCUGAAAACGAAGUUUGCUGAUGGUUGUGGCCAUUUAUGUUCUUACUGCCGGACCAAGUUCUGUGCCAGAUGUGGAGGGCGGGUUUCUCUGCGGUCAAACAAUGAGGACAAAGUGGUUAUGUGGGUAUGCAAUUUAUGUCGAAAGCAACAAGAAAUCUUAACCAAGUCUGGAGCUUGGUUUUUUGGGAGUGGUCCUCAGCCACCAAGUCAAGACGGGACACUCAGUGACACAGCUACGGGUGCAGGCUCUGAGGUGCCUAGAGAAAAAAAAGCCAGGCUACAGGAAAGAUCGAGGUCUCAGACUCCCUUAAGCACAGCAGCAGCCUCCCAGGAAAUCACACCUUCAGGGGUCCCACCAGAGAGAAGCAAAGGAACAGAAUUGUCCCAGAAAACCAUGGGUCUGGAACAGAAACAGAUUUCAUCCAGAUCCAGAAGUGAACCCCCUCGAGAAAGGAAGAAGACUUCAGUGACUGGUGAGCAGAAUGGCAAAGCGGGGCUGAAAAGUGAGCGUAAACGUGUGCCAAAAUCCUCUCUCCAACAAGGGGAGGGACUUGUGGAGGAGAGGGACCGGAAAGAAAGGCGGGAAGGCAGAAGGCUGGAGAAGGUCCGGUCACAAGAUUUGCCAGAAAAGCGCGAGGAGGGCAAAGGAGUGGAGGAUGAGAAACAAAGAAAAGAAGAAGACUAUCAGACUCGAUACCGAAGUGACCCUAAUCUGGCAAGGUAUCCUGUCAAGCCCCACCCCGAGGAACAGCAGAUGCGCAUGCAUGCCAAAGUCUCUAAAGCCCGCCAUGAAAGGAGACAUAGUGAUGUGUCUUUGCCCCACACAGAAAUGGAAGAAUCAGAGGUACUGGAGAACAAGUUAGGAAAACGGGCUCAACCCUCUGGAGCUCAGGAUCGGAAAUCCCUUUUGGAAACUCAGAGGUCAUAUUCCAUAGAAAGAACUGGUGAUGUAAGAAUAUCUGUUUCUAAACAAUUAACUAACCAUAGCCCACCAGCUACCAGGCAUGGCCCUGUUCCAACAGAACACCCUGAAUCCAAGAACCAAGAUUCUUUCAAAAAGCAGAGUCGCCUGGAUCCUAGCUCCGCUAUUCUUAUCCGGAAAGCAAAGAGAGAGAAAAUGGAAACGAUGCUAAGGAAUGACUCCUUGAGCUCUGACCAGUCUGAGUCAGUACGGCCAUCUCCGCCAAAGCCCCAUCGAUCCAAGAGAGGGGGAAAGAAGAGACAGAUGUCUGUCAGUAGUUCUGAGGAGGAAGGUGCCUCCACACCUGAGUACACCAGCUGUGAAGAUGUGGAAAUAGAAAGUGAAAGCGUCAGUGAAAAGGGUGACUUGGAUUAUUACUGGCUGGAUCCUACCACGUGGCCCAGUAGAGAGACAUCUCCUAUAAGUUCGCAUCCUGUAACGUGGCAACCAUCUAAAGAGGGUGACCGAUUAAUUGGACGUGUUAUUCUUAACAAGAGAACAACCAUGCCCAAAGAAUCAGGUGCACUACUAGGAUUAAAAGUUGUUGGAGGAAAAAUGACUGAUUUAGGACGUCUUGGUGCCUUCAUCACCAAAGUAAAGAAGGGUAGCCUAGCAGAUGUAGUAGGACAUCUAAGAGCAGGGGAUGAAGUUCUAGAAUGGAAUGGUAAACCCCUGCCUGGAGCUACAAAUGAAGAAGUUUACAACAUUAUUUUAGAAUCAAAAUCAGAACCUCAAGUUGAAAUUAUUGUUUCAAGGCCUAUUGGUGACAUUCCAAGGAUUCCCGAGAGCUCCCAUCCUCCAUUAGAGUCUAGUUCAAGUUCUUUUGAAUCUCAAAAGAUGGAAAGACCUUCUAUUUCUGUUAUUUCUCCAACUAGCCCUGGAGCACUAAAGGAUGCCCCUCAGGUCUUACCAGGACAACUUUCUGUGAAGCUGUGGUAUGACAAAGUUGGACAUCAACUUAUUGUAAAUGUUCUUCAGGCCACUGAUCUACCCCCUCGAGUGGAUGGACGGCCCAGGAAUCCCUAUGUGAAAAUGUACUUUCUUCCUGAUAGAAGUGAUAAAAGUAAAAGGAGGACCAAAACAGUAAAGAAAGUCCUAGAACCAAAAUGGAACCAAACUUUUCUCUAUUCGCAUGUGCACCGCAGAGAUUUUAGAGAACGAAUGUUAGAAAUAACUGUGUGGGAUCAACCAAGAGUACAAGAAGAAGAAAGUGAAUUUCUUGGAGAGAUCCUUAUAGAGCUGGAGACAGCCUUGCUAGAUGAUGAACCACAUUGGUAUAAACUGCAGACACACGAUGAAUCUUCGCUACCUCUGCCUCAGCCAUCACCUUUCAUGCCAAGGAGACACAUCCAUGGAGAAAGCUCUAGCAAAAAACUACAAAGAUCUCAGCGAAUCAUUGAUAGUGACAUCUCAGAUUAUGAGGUUGAUGAUGGUAUUGGAGUAGUUCCUCCAGUAGGCUAUAGGUCAAAUACUAGAGAAAGCAAAUCUACAACUUUAACUGUGCCAGAACAGCAAAGAACAGCUCAUCAUCGAUCACGAUCUGUAUCUCCUCACCGUGGUGACGAUCAGGGCAGGCCCCGUUCCCGGUUACCAAAUGUGCCAUUACAGAGGAGUUUAGAUGAAAUUCAUCAAGUAAGAAGGUCACGUUCUCCAACUAGACACCAUGAUGCCUCCCGAAGUCCAGUUGAUCACCGAUCCAGGGACAUGGAUAGUCAGUAUUUAUCAGAACAAGAAAGUGAGCUUCUUAUGCUGCCCAGAGCAAAACGAGGACGAAGUGCAGAGUGCCUACAUACGACCAGACAUUCUGUUAGGCACUAUAAAACUUUACCAUCCAAGAUGCCUUUAAUAGAGAAUGGCACUCAUUGGCAUAUUUACAGUGAACUACAGCCCUCCCUUGACAGGGCUAGGAGUGCUAGUACCAACUGCUUGAGACCAGAUACUAGUUUGCAUUCACCAGAACGAGAAAGAUGGUCCCCCUCUCUAGAUAGGCGAAGACCUACUAGUCCCAGGAUUCAAAUCCAGCAUGCAUCUCCUGAGGAUGACAGGCAAUCUCGAAAGUCGGAAAGAUCUAGCAACCAAAAACAGACUAGGAAAAGCAAUGCAUCUGAUGCAGAAAGGGUUCUCCCACAACAUCUAUCUAGAAGGGGACACCCUACCCCAAGAACAACUGAUCAGCCAGUCAUUAGGGGAAAACAUCCCUCUCGCUCAAGGUCGAGUGAGCAUUCUAGUAUCAGAACAAUGUGUUCUAUACAUCACCUUGCGCCAGGAGGGUCGGCACCAGCUUCUCCGCUUCUGACAAGAAUACACCAACAAGGAAGUCCAGGACAGUCUCCUCCUGCAGACACAGCCUUCAGUAAUCGUAGGGGAAGACAGCUCCCACAGGUUCCAAUAAGAAGCGGCAGUAUAGAACAAGAACAAGACAAUUAUAGCUCUUCCUCAAAAGCAAGCUUAGUAGUGGAGGAGCGAACAAGACAGAUGAAAAUGAAAGUACAUCGCUAUAAACAGACAACUGGGUCUGGUUCUAGCCAAGAACUUGAUCGUGAGCAAUAUUCCAAGUAUAACAUACAUAAAGAUCAAUACAGAAGCUGUGAUAACGUCUCUGCCAAAUCAUCAGAUAGUGAUGUCAGUGAUGUGUCAGCCAUUUCCCGAACCAGCAGUGCCUCACGUCUCAGCAGCACAAGCUUUAUGUCAGAGCAAUCUGAGCGCCCCAGGGGUAGAAUCAGUUCAUUUACCCCUAAAAUGCAAGGCAGACGGAUGGGAACUUCAGGGAGAACCAUCACAAAGAGCACAAGUGUGAGUGGAGAGAUGUACAAACUGGAGCAUAAUGAUGGAAGCCAGUCAGACACAGCUGUUGGCACAGUUGGAACAGGUGGAAAGAAAAGGAGGUCCAGCCUUAGUGCCAAAGUGGUAGCCAUAGUAUCUCGGAGGAGUAGAAGCACAUCUCAACUCAGCCAAACAGAAUCUGGCCACAAGAAAUUGAAGAGCACCAUACAGAGAAGCACAGAAACUGGAAUGGCAGCCGAAAUGAGGAAGAUGGUACGGCAGCCAAGUCGAGAAUCUACUGAUGGCAGCAUUAAUAGUUAUAGCUCGGAAGGGAACCUGAUAUUUCCUGGAGUCCGAUUGGGGGCUGACAGUCAAUUCAGUGAUUUCCUUGAUGGACUAGGACCAGCACAGCUUGUUGGACGCCAAACACUAGCAACUCCUGCUAUGGGUGAUAUACAGAUUGGAAUGGAAGAUAAAAAGGGUCAGUUAGAAGUAGAAGUCAUCAGAGCAAGAAGCCUCACUCAAAAACCUGGUUCCAAAUCUACACCGGCUCCAUAUGUCAAAGUGUACCUUUUGGAAAAUGGAGCCUGCAUAGCAAAGAAGAAAACAAGAAUUGCCCGAAAAACCCUGGAUCCUUUGUAUCAACAGUCCCUUGUUUUUGAUGAAAGUCCACAGGGUAAAGUUCUUCAGGUGAUCGUCUGGGGGGACUAUGGGCGAAUGGAUCAUAAAUGUUUCAUGGGUGUGGCUCAAAUUCUUCUGGAGGAUCUUGAUCUGUCCAGCAUGGUAAUAGGAUGGUAUAAAUUGUUCCCGCCAUCAUCACUGGUGGACCCAACGCUGGCACCCUUGACUCGCCGGGCUUCCCAGUCAUCUCUGGAAAGUUCAACUGGUCCUCCUUGCAUUCGAUCAUAGUGAACUGGUAGAGAUUGGAUCCUAGUUAAGUAAAAGGUUACCAAUUCUGGAUAAUAACUCGAACUAGAUAUUACAUGAUCAAAAACGUUGUUGGAGACAGACAAUCAACUUCUGUUUUACCUAUAAUAGUUAUCCAAAAAUAUGUCUGAAUUGUUUGUUUAAACCUGGCUUCAAAUGACAGAUCAAGGGCAUCUAUCAAAUUACAAUUUUAAAAAAGUCAAUUUGCUAGUGAGAAUCACUGAUGCUUCUAACUGUUAGCAAAAAAAAAAAAUAGGGGGGAAUUUAAAAUUCACACACACACACACACACACACACACACACAAAUACACACAAUUGAGCAAACUGGAAGCCCUCACUCUAUGGAAAAUCUUGUGUUUUACACGUUCUUAUCCAGAUGACAAGCAGUGUUAUUUCCCCUGGUGUUUGAGCAGUGUUUUCUGUACUUGUUACUUCCACUAGUUUUUGGCUGUGUGACCCUCUCUCCACCCAUGUUAUGACAGUCCUCACUGUGCUGAGACCCUUUAUCUUUUUUUUUUCCCAGAUCACCAAUAAAGGGCUGCAGAACUUCUCUGUAAGCAUGCCCCCCCCCCCCGCCAAGUGUUCAAUCUCUGGGCAAGGUGAUACCUACCAAUCAAGGGUCUCAUUUCCCAUCCCCUCCUCACCCCCCAGUAUCAGCUCUUCUGAGUCUUCUAUGUAGAAACCCAAAGCAAACCAAGAGGCCAGAAUGUUUCUCUCCCCACAUGAUAAUCGCAGCACCACUGUUCUUUUUGCAUUCUGGACAAAACCUAAAAAUAAAAGUCUAUGUUUUGCAUGAAAGACUUUUGAAGAAACCUAUCUGCAACCAAGGCUGGGGACUGCAACAGCUUAAUCUUAGUUUCUGACAUUGGAACCAAUCCUUGUUAAUACUGUUCUCUUCCUAAUGUCCAAGAGAGAAUGAUCACAUUCAUGUCUAUGAAUUAUACUUUUGACAUUGUCCCACAAUGUUGACCUGAAAUGGAAUUAAGCAUAUGACACUUUCAGCUAUUCCCAGGUUUCUCUGCUGUGUGUCCCCUCAGACACACUCGUGUGCCCUGGAUAGAGCAUGGUAUGGGCUGUUUCAAUAUUCCACUGGGAAUUCCAGUUGAAAUAUUCUGCACUUAACUAAUGUUUUUAUCCAAUUUUAGUUUACAUUUCUUUGAGAUUGAUGCAAGCACAAAGCUUGAUUUUUUAACACAAAGUAUCUUACUUUUUUGAGGAAAACAAAGUCCAAUUUCAAUUUGCAUUUUCUUCUUUGAGUUUUUCUUGGCCUUGACGUUCCCUUGUGAUGUGCUACCAACUGCAGACCGUGCAGGUGCAUUGAUAGGUUUUUCCUUCCUUUUAUGGGCCAUUCAAUUUUGUGAUCACACAGAUAGAGCAGCAUGACUUGGAACUGUUCAAAGCUGCAUGCACGUUUUGUAAAAAAAAAAAAUUAAAAAGUAAAGAAACACAAAAGGUAAUUUAAUAAUGUAUGUUAGCUCCAAGUAGGCCAGCUUGUAUGUUGCAUGUACUUGUACAGUUUGCUCGUUAAAUCACUAUUACUGAAAUAACCAAGAAAUCUAAGCCAUCCAUUUUUGUUAUAGACAUUUGGCAGGUUUUAGCCAGACUCAGUCAGUGAGUCCGGUGCAAAAUGUCUAUAGAUGGACUUUAUUUUUUACCCUAUGGAAAACGUGAUGUAGUUCGGACCAAAACUUCUUUAUAAAUUAUUUUGGUGUAGAUUCCUACUGUGGGGCUGUAACACAUGUAGAAAUUGUGUACACACUAGGUUUUAAUCCAUUAGACAUACUGCCUGCACUGAGUGAAUUAAUUAUUAUUUACCAUGCCAGACUUAUCUGCCCACCAUUCCAUCGGGCACAGAUUGAUGACUGCUCGACCUGCUGAGCAAAAAAGAGCUGAAGCAUUGGUGCACUAUUACUAGAGUCCGUUCUGUCUUAGUGGCCAACAAUUGACUAAGUACAAUUGGGUAGUAUCUUUCUAUUUUGACCACUUGUCUUAACACUCCCCUGUGCUUUUAAAUGAACUUCCAACUCAUGUUAUGUAAACAUGUUUAAUAAAAUUUACUUUUCACGUCAGUUGGUAGCCAUCUGUGUUCUAUGUUUUGCCAGAUUGCCAUUGAAGGUUCUGUGGUGAGAGCAGAGGUUGGAUCAUGGGAAUGAGAGAGACUGGGCUUUGUUCUCUGUUGCUGAUGUUUAACUUGACUUGUCACUGCACUAAAUAUGUCUUAAAGAAUGGCCCAAAGGGUACAUUGCCUCACGUACAAGUUUUCACUUUGUCAGCCUGUCUAAGUGAGCACAUGAAUACACUUCUGAAAAGUGGCAUUAUUCAAAACAAUAAAUCUCAGUACAAAUCAAA